ACCAUGAAUUAUUUGAAAAUUCAAAACAAGAGUCCACCAAACUCCACUCCUUGCGCCAUUGAUCAUGCAUCAAAUCAAUCUUCUUCUUCAUCUUCACUAUAUAUAAAUUGUAUUAGGAGGAAAAAUACAAGUGUAAGUUUCAGUCAUUUUCUCUAAAAGAAUGGAAAUUGAAGCGGAUGAAUCAUUUAAGCAGGCCGGAGUUAUUCCGUUCAAAUGGGAAAUCCGACCCGGAGUACCCAAGAUUCAACAUUCACAACCACCAUUAAUCAAACAGGAAGUAGCCGAGAACAAUCGGAGCCGUCCAAUACCAGAAACCCCACGUAGGCUGAAACCUCCACCGGCGGCUGAAUUCAAUUUCCAACAACCAAUUGAGGAGCCCCGAACCCGAUCCUUCCGGUCAGCUCCACGGGCACGAUCAGAUAGGCAUGUUUUAAAUCUAUUGACCCGACCCGCUAUGGGAGUUGCCUCAGAUUGGUGCUUCCCGUCUCCAUUGCUGAAGCGAACAACGGAGAAGAAUACGAAGAAGAAGAAGAGUCAUAAGACUGGACCCGAACCCGAACCCGAUUACUUGUCGGAUCUAGAGACAGUUUCUCGAUGGUCUGUAUCUAGCCGGAAGUCAAUUUCUCCUUUUCAUGAUUCACUUUCCUCUUCGUUUUCGUCACGUGAGUCGUCGCCUCGACGACCAGUGAGCGAUACUGAUUGGGUUGGAUUUGCUCUGUUUUAGAACCAACACAUUAUCUCUACAUUUCCUUCCUUAAAGUAUUACUUCGUAUCAGUUUACGCGACAUAAUUUGAAUUCGAGAGUUAAACAAUCUA